UGACCUCAUGGUGCGACGACGACGUACUCCCGUGCCCUUCCUCCCUGCAAGCAGCAUGGUCAGCAGCUCGUGAGAUGAGAACAGGCCGAGGCGCACCGCACCGGAUGCUCUAUGUGGGAGAGGAUUCGGCAGGCAGGGCGAAAAGGCGGCGAUGGCGCUAGCGGUUUUGCCGGCAGGCGGCUCAGCUAUGCGUGCAUUGCGUUUAGUACUCAUCUCUCAACUCUGCGAGCUCGCUCCCGUGCAUGGUCGGUCCUUCGUGGCUACACGCUCUGUUGUAGGGUGUCGGGAACGCGGUUCACGUAUGCCCCCAUCGGUCCAAGGUCACGCUGUGCCCGUCGGUCCAUAACGUACCUUGGGAUUGCGAAACGUCUGCGCGAACGUCUGCGCAGGCUGGCGUGACGCGCGGAGGUUUUUGAAGUCCGAUGGUGCGCGUCGGUCGCGGUUGGUUUUGCAGCGGGUGAUCUUCGUUUCAGUGAUCGGACGGGGCGACCACGGUGU